AUGGCGGACGACACCUUCACUUCUUCGCGCGGUGGCCGUAGCAAAUAUUGUUGUGUCCCUGGUUGCAAAAGUUCCUUUUAUAACAAUCAGGGGGAAAAAACUAAUAUUUCAUUUUUUUCUUUUCCUCUGGAGGCAAAAAGUAGGAAUCGGUGGCUUUUGGCAAUUAAAAGACAAGAAAACAGAGACGGAUUUGUUGUGACGGAAUACACUAAAGUGUGUGAGCAACAUUUUCGCCCUGAGGAAAUUAAAAAACAGUUCAGUGGCAGGAAAGAUCUGAAAGACAAGACUACUAUUCCUUCCAUUUUCAGCUGGAAUAAAAGUGCGAGCACACCUAAUCGAAAAUUACCAAAAAAGAGAUGUUCUGAGCAAAAUGAAGAAAAUAUUCAGCCUGAAUCAGAACCAUGUUAUUUAAGCUCUAGGUUGCUUAAUGAAGACAAUGCAAGACCGACAGAGGCCUGUGAAAAUUGCGCUUAUUUGAGAAGAGUCGUGGAAAAGUUGGAGGUUAAAUUGUCACUUUUGAUUAAACAAAAAAGUGCCGUUGAAAAAGAUUGGAGUGAGCUAAAAGCCAAAAUACAAAAACUGGAAAAAGGACAGUUUACAUCCAAGAACAUCAGAGAACAAGAAGACGUUUUCAAGUCAUUCACUGGUUUUCAUCCAGUUAAGUUUGACAUUCUUUUUCAAUUUGUAAAUGCUGGUGAGAAUGCUAGUAAUUUGAAAUACUAUGAGCCUUCAAAGAAUGGGUCAGAUGAACCUGAUGAAUGUAAAUUUACUGAAGGAAGUAAGCCUGGUGUGAGCCCUAAAUUGGAUGUGAUUGAACAAUUGUUUAUGUUUUUGGUGUGGUUAAGGUGUGGAUUUGGACAGAAACAUCUGGCGUGGUUAUUUGGACUUGGCAAAUCAACCAUUUCCCGGUAUUUGAUCACCUGGUCAAAUUACUUGUACUUCUGUUUGGGAAAUAUUCCCAUAUGGCCUUCUAAAGAUCAGAUUGUUUCAUCCAUGCCAAUAUGUUUUAAGGACACUUAUCCCUCAACAAGAUGUAUCAUUGACUGUACAGAAAUCUUUGUACAAGUGCCUUCUAGCCUAACUACACAGAGUGCCCUUUACUCACACUAUAAGCACCAUGUAACAUACAAAGCUUAA